GUGCUGCGUCAACCAGGGAAUGGCCAGUCGGUUACAACAGGGAGCCCCAGCAUCAAUGAGCUGCUGAUGGAAGUGCCCCGGAGGCUGGAGCAGGUGUGGGCGUGAACUUGAAGAUCGCUGAACAGUGUCCCGCUAACCUUACCAUGGAAAGGCUGGUCCUCUACCUACUGUUUAUGAGCACUGCUGUGAAGGCCACCAUGUGUCCGACGCGCUGCAUGUGCCAGACCCUGUCGCCCUCUUUCACCAUCCUCUGCACCAAAACUGGGCUGCUCUUUGUUCCGCCCAGCAUUGACCAGCGAACAGCCGAGCUCCGGCUGAUGGACAACUUCAUCACCACCCUGCGGAGGAAGGAUUUCGCCAACAUGACGAACUUGAUUCACUUGACGCUGUCCCGGAAUACGAUCAGUCAGAUUAUGCCUUAUGCGUUUUUUGAUCUCAAAGGCCUUCACGCCUUACACCUGGAUAGUAAUAGACUUACCUAUAUCAACGAGGAUCACUUCAAAGGAUUAAUCAAUCUUCGGCACUUGAUUCUCAGUAACAACCAAUUACACUAUAUUUCAUCUGGGUCUUUGGACGACUUCAUUGACAUAAUUGAGGAUCUGGAUCUAUCCUAUAAUAAUCUCGUUAAUAUUCCUUGGGAAACUAUUGGGAGGCUUUCGAAUGCCAACACGAUCAGCUUGGAUCAUAACCUCAUUGAUUUUGUCCCCGAAGGGAUCUUCUCCAACCUUCACAAGCUGGCCCGGCUGGACAUGACCUCCAACAAAUUGAAAAAGAUCCCCCCUGACCCCCUCUUCUCCCGCAUCCCUGUCUAUGCCAAGCCAAAGGGGUCCCCCUUGUCCUCUCUGGUGCUGAGCUUUGGGGGGAACCCCUUGCAUUGCAACUGUGAACUCGUGUGGCUGCGGCGCUUGACCCGUGAAGAUGACCUGGAGACCUGUGCCUCUCCGCCAGAGCUGAUGGGAAAGUACUUUUGGUCCAUUAGGGAAGAGGAGUUUGUCUGUGAGCCACCCAUGAUCACGCACAGGACCUCAAAGCAGGUUGUCAUGGAAGGACAGAGCGUUUCCUUGAAGUGCAAAGCUGUGGGUGAUCCGGAGCCUUACGUCCGCUGGAUUUCACCUGGGGGCAAGCUGGUCUCCAACACUUCCCGAACAAUUUCCUUCGAGAACGGGACUCUGGAUAUUUUGGCGACUUCUGUGGAAGAAAAGGGCACAUUUACUUGCAUCGCCUCCAAUGCUGCAGGAGAGUCCACUGCGCCAGUCGAACUGGUGGUCAGUCCAUACCCCCCCCUUGCGAACAGCACAAACUGUGACAAGGAAGCAGAGCCAGGCCCCUCAGACAUCCUGAUCUCGGCCAAGUCGAGCUUCUCCAAUGAAACCAAAUCGCGCCAAGAGAGGCCGGUGGUGGUUGCUGAGCUGACCUCUUCCUCCGCCCUCGUCCAGUGGCCUUCCCAGCACCAUGUCCCAGGGAUACGAAUGCUGCAGAUCCAGUACAACAGCUCUGCCGACGACAUACUGGUGUACAGGAUGAUCCCAGCUGCCAGCAAGUCCUUCUUCCUGACUGACCUGGUCGCUGGACGCGACUACGACCUCUGUGUCCUUGCUGUGUAUGACGAUGGCGUGACGUCUCUGACAGCAACCAUGGUGGUGGGAUGUGUGCAGUUCACCACAGAGGAAGAGUACCGUCAGUGCCACUCCCUCCACGCCCAGUUUCUCGGUGGGACAAUGAUCAUCAUCAUCGGAGGCAUCAUUGUGGCCUCAGUCCUCGUUUUCAUCUUCAUUCUCUUGAUGAAAUAUAAGGUUUACACGAACCAUCACAAAAGCAAAAACACGAAAGUGAACAAUGUUUGUUCUCAGACUAAUGGCAGCCAGAGUGGCUCAGUGGGUCACUCCAGUUGCAAGCUGGCUGAGGGGCUACACCAGGAAGGCGCGAGUUUGCCUCGCAGGGACAGAACUGUGCUUGACCUGGAGGGUGAACAAACGGUGCCCACAGGAAUGGCCACUUUAAGAAGUCAGUAGCCACGCUGAGCCCGGGCAAGUGGCACAGAACAAUAACUUGUGUGGUUGUAUUUUAAGCUUCACUACUAUUGUCUAUUUUUAAGAUGAGAUGGUUUAAAAAUAUUUUUUUAAUCUGUAAAAGUUCUUGCAUUCUUAACUAUUUU